AUGGAGGGCCUUUUCUUCAAUGUUAAUGCCGGAUACGUUGAAGGUAUCGUUCGAGGGUAUCGGAACAGCCUUCUGACUGGCCAGAACUACUCCAACUUGACACAAUGCGAGACCAUUGACGAUGUGAAGCUCCAGCUGGGCCCGUCCUACGGCGACUUCCUCGCCGCUCUUCCCCCCAACCCCUCUACCUCCGCUCUCGCAGGCAAGAUGACCGACAAGCUGGUCGCUGAGUUCCGGUAUCUGAUCGCACAGUCCACCGGCUCAACUGCCAAGUUCCUCGAGUACCUGACCUACGGAUACAUGAUCGACAACAUUGCCCUCCUGAUUACUGGCACCCUGCACGAGCGCGAUACUCGAGAACUCCUGGAGCGAUGCCACCCGCUGGGCUGGUUCGAGACACUGCCCGUUCUGUGCGUGGCAACUAAUAUCGAAGAACUCUACAACUCGGUACUCAUUGAGACUCCUCUCGCCGCAUACUUCAAGAGUAGUCUGAGCCACCAGGACCUUGACGAGUUGAACAUUGAGAUUGUUCGAAACACCUUAUUCAAGAACUACCUGGAGGACUUCUACAACUUUGUAAACACCCACCCCGACUUUGCUGGCCCCACGCAAGAUGUCAUGUCCGAGAUCCUGCAGUUCGAGGCCGAUCGCCGUUCCAUCAACAUUACCCUCAACUCUUUCGGUACCGACCUGCUCAGGCCAGAGCGGAGGAAGUUGUACCCCGAAUUUGGCAAGCUCUACCCUGAGGGAACCUUAAUGCUUUCCCGGGCUGAGGAUGUCGAGGGUGUGGCAUUGGCUGUCAGCGCCAAUGCUGACUACAAGUCAUUCUUUGACGCCGUGGGACUGAGCCAAGGUGGUGGUAUGGGUGGUAUGGGUGGAGGCCCAGCUGAUGGCAAGAGCCUGGAGGAUCUUUUCUACCAGAAGGAGAUGGAGAUGUCGAAGUUGGUCUUCACACGUCAAUUCACCCCGGCGGUGGUGUACGGGUGGAUGAAACUAAAGGAGCAGGAAAUCCGCAACGUGACGUGGAUCUCGGAAUGCAUUGCCCAGAACCAGAAGGAGAGAAUUGGAAACUUCAUCUCCGUCUUCUAG